GCUUAAAUGGCAUUGCUCUCUCCCCUCCCCUCCCCCAAACCUUCCCACCCACCCAGCUACUCUGCUGAGGACAAUCCCAGUGAGUAAUGGGACUGUGAUGAGAGAGCAGCCUGCAUUGGCAUUAGGGCCUGGUUUCCACACUAACCGGGUGCCCUGGAGGAGGUUGAGGGGGGAAGGUGUAUAAGGAGUAGCAGUGGGGGUUCUCAGAGAGACAGCUCUGAUUUCAAUUGUCUCCAUUCUGACAGGUUGGCGUGACCUUGGAGGACAUUGCCCUGUACUUCUCCAGGGAGGAAUGGAGCCUCCUUGAUGAGGGUCAGAGACAGUUGUACCUGAAUGUGAUGCUGGAGAACUUUGAACUUGUAUCCUCGCUGGGUUGCUGCUGUGGAGAAGAGAAUGUGGAAGCCCCGGUUUCUGAAAGAGUGUCACAGGCAAGGAAUCCCAAGAUAGCCUUGUCUUCCCAGAAGAGCCACCCCUGUGAGAGUUGUGAGCUGGUCUUGGGAAACACUUUCCUCGUGAUGCAGGGGCAGGGAACACAACACGGACAGGUACUGUUGAGAUGUGGGGCAUGUGCAAAACGGUUUUACUUCCGUGUAAAAGUUCACCAACAACACGAGAGAGAGAAGAUUUUCCAUACAGGUGUGGACAGGAUCUCACUUGCAAACAGGUGUGAUUUCAAUGUGUUCCAGAAUCAUUUCACAUGUGGGAAAGUUGGGCAGGAUGUGCCUACCGGGUCAGGACAUCUCCACCUAAAGGCUACUCACACCAGGGACAUUCCAAAUGCUAUUCCGACGUGUGGGAUGAUGUUUCAAAGGAGAAAAAAUGAUUACACCAGAAAAGAAUAUAAGGAAGAUAGUUGCACACACAUGUUUAUUCAGGAGAAGGGUAUCCAUGUUGGAAGUCAGUGUUUUGUGAACUCUGAAUGUGGAAAAUAUUUUACCAAAUUAUCUAGCUUUCAUUAUCCACAGCAAGGUGACACUGGAGAAAAGCCUGCUAAAUGUAGUGAGUGUGGGAAAGCCUACACUAGUAGCACUGAACUUUGUCAUCAUCAAAAAGUGCACAAUGGAGAAAGGCCUUAUCACUGCAGUGAAUGUGGCAAAUAUUUUACCAGGAUGGGUGAUCUUCGUCGUCAUCAAAGAAUUCACACUGGGGAAAAACCUUACCAAUGCAGUGAAUGUGGGAAAUCUUUUACCACUAGCAGUGAUUGUCAUCGUCAUCAGAUAAUUCACACUGGAGAAAAACCUUAUCAAUGCAGUGAAUGUGGAAAAUCUUUUACCCAUAGGAGCAUCCUUCAUCAACAUCAGAGAGUUCAUACAGGCGAAAAGCCUUAUAAAUGCAGUGAAUGUGGAAAAUCUUUUGCAGGGAGCCAUGCUCUCCAAUAUCAUCAGAGACUUCACAAUGGAGAAAAGCCUUAUAAAUGCAGUGAGUGUGGAAAAUCUUUUACAUGUAGCAGUGGCCUCCAAUAUCAUCAGAGAGUUCACACUGGAGAAAAGCCUUAUCAAUGCAGUGAGUGUGGGAAAUCUUUUACCACUAGCAGUGAUCUUCAUCGUCAUCAGAGAAUUCACACUGGAGAAACACCAUAUAAAUGCAGUGAAUGUGGGAAAUCUUUUGAAAGUACCAGUGGUCUCCAAUAUCAUUGGAGAGUUCAUACGGGAGAAAAGCCUUAUCAAUGCAGUGAAUGUGGAAAAUCCUUUAUGUCUAAGAACGUUCUUCAUGAACAUCAGAGAGUUCAUACGGGAGAAAAGCCUUAUAAAUGCAGUGAAUGUGGGAAAUCUUUUGCCCAGAGAAGUGCCCUUUGUAUUCAUCGGAGAGUUCAUAGGGGAGAAAAGCUUUAUAAAUGCAGCGAAUGUGGGAAAUCUUUUACCUGGAGCACUGCCCUUCUGCGUCAUCAGAGAGCUCAUACUGGAGAAAAGCCUUAUAAAUGCAGUGAAUGUGGGAAAGCUUUUAUCACUAGCAGUGAGCUUAUUCGUCAUCAGAGAUUUCACACUGGAGAAAAGCCUUAUAAAUGCAGUGAAUGUGGGAAAUUAUUUACCACUAACUCUCAACUUCAUCGUCAUCAGAGGGUUCACACGGGAGAAAAGCCUUAUAAAUGCAGUGACUGUGGGAAAUCUUUUACGAGAAUUGAUAGCCUUCAUUGCCACCAGAGAUUUCACACCAGAGAAAGUCCGUACGAGUGCAGUGAAUGUGGGAAAUUUUUUAUCAAGAGCAGUGGUCUCCAUAAUCAAAGUUUUGACAUUGAAGAAAAGCCUUAUACAUGUAGUGAAUGUGGGAAAUCAUUUGCCAGGAGCAGUGAUUUUAAUCUUCAUCAGAGAGUUCACACUGGAGAAAGGCCUUAUGAGUGCAGUAAAUGUGAGAAAUCUUUCACCACCAGCAGGUACCUUCUUUGUCAUCAGAGAGUUCACACAGGAGAAAAGCCUUAUAAAUGCAGUGAAUGUGAGAAAUCUCUUACCAGGAGCAGUCAUCUCCUGUAUCAUCAGAGAGUUCACACUGGAGAAAGCCAUUAUGAGUGCAAGUAAUGUGAGCUGUCCCUCAGCCAAAUUUUUAAAUUGGCUCUGCACCUAUGAGUCCAAAUGUGAGAAAAUUCUUAGAAGUGAAGGAAAUGUCUCUUAGUUCCGUCUUCGCAAUAGUGUAAGAAAAUGUGUGAAAUCUUUUUAGUCUGAAUUGUAUCUCAUACAUUUAAUCACCUACAUUACAUAAAGUCCCCUCAAGUGACUAUAUUGUUGUGUUUGUUUUUAUGUUGUAUCAUAUGUAUCUGUGUUGCACUUUCUAACAUACAGAGAUGUUCUGCCAGAUCUGUAUCACUGCAUAUUUCUAUUCCUGAAGGUAUUUUACCUGAACCACCUAUAAGGUCCCUACAGAUGGCAUCAAUCACCAUCCUCAUGUGCCCAGGGAAGCUAACUCUGUUGUCUGAUUUGUUGAAGAAAAUUAGGAAUACCUGAGUCCUUAGUUCUUACUUGUUUCCUUGUCAUGAAUUGCCACAUAGGACUGAUUGCUAUUGGCGCCAGUAAAGAUAAUGUUGAUUGCCAUUGUCAGGGACACACUUUUCCUAGAUGCUAAUGAAGAAUUUAUGGAGUGCCUAAGUCAUCAAUGGGAGAACGGCCAGUCUCAGGUCUCUUUGGUUUGUAAAAUAAUGAAGGCUUUUUCCUAAGUCUUUUUAAUCUGGGGUAUGCUCUUUACUCUACGGCUAGUUUAUAAUGAGAUCUGGCCUCUCCAAGCAUGAUCAGGUGAAAAAACAUUUAUGGGGUCUGAAAUAUUUUUGCCCUUGGGGAAACAUGGUGCAAAAAUUAACAGUUUUUGCCAAAUUUACGUUAUUGCCCAUAUUUUCCUAGGAAACACUGUGGACUCUCUAGUCCUCAUGUGAAGAUGGGUGUUUUGAGACACCGAGAUCACAUCAAAGGGGGGGUAGCUGUGACAACCUCAAGUAGGUCUUGUAGCAUGAAUUUUUUCCUAGAUUUCAAGGGAUGCCAAUACAUUGGAAGGGAAUUGAAGGGAAUCUCUUGUCCAGAUCUUGCAGAGGGUAAUGUGCCCUCUUGCCUACAAUUGCAUGGGUGAUGGUCACUGGUUAGUGGACCAUCGCAGUGAGGGGAAACCUUUAACUGCAGAAACACUGGCCUACUUGUUGUUGGACAGGACCACAGCCCAUUAGAUGGAAUGGUCCUCAUCUAAAUGUGCACCAAGGAAUUAAGUUGAAGAAAAGACUACAGGAUCUGUGUGGACACAGAUCUGAGGGCUCCAGGCAUGUUUAUCUUUUGUGGAGCGGUCAUUGUUAUUGAUUGUAAUCAAGAGGUUUUGUGGGUUCCUGUAGCUUCUCAUUUGUUCCCAUCAGAGCCUUUGGUGCUCUGGGAGCAAGACAAAGAUGGAGACAAAGGCUGUCUGUAGUCCAGGGAUGUGGCUUUUGUGACCCAGCCAGCAUUCAGGUGGGGUCUUCAUUGUUUGUUACAUUUUCUUUCACUGAGAUGCAACUCGCCCAGAGAGCAUUCGAAUAUGGAUUGAAUAUAGACUUGCCAAACCUGUAAUUCUAAACUAGGUGAAUGUACAUUUGUUUUAUCUUGAACCAUUUUUACAAAAGCUAUAAUGAGUAAAUUACAUGUGUAAAGUAUAGAGUUUCGUAAAUCUUGACAUGUGCAUGACACUGUAACUAUCAUUAUACUUAUAAUAUUGACCAUAUCCGUCACUGUG